AUGUUCUUCAGCUUUAGGAAUAAGGUUGGAUUUGAUAAAGAGAAGGAACCAUAUUUAAAAUCAAGAGCAAAUCCAUAUGAAGAAUAUAAAGAUUUUACUGAAAAGUUUUAGAAUUGUUCUAGUAAAUAAAUUCCAGAAGAAGAUUUGUAAUGUUUGGCUUCUCAUCCUCAUCUACCAUUAUUUUUACAAGGAGGAAAAGAAAUGGUUAAUGUAAUGACUUUUAAAUAAUCAUCCCAAGUAGUUGCUGAAUUCAAUACUUAAUAAAUAGAUAAUACUGAUUUUCUUAAAUUUAAUAACUCAGAGGAAUUAUUUAUUGGACAUGAUGUAAAUAAUAGUGCUUAUAUUUGGAAACUCAAUAGAGACAACAAACUCAAUACACCACUCUUCUUACUUAAUAGUAAAAUUAGACCAACUACUGAUUUAACAUUUAUAUAUGAGGGAACAGUUUUUGCUUCUAUUUAUAGUUCUACUGAUAAACCUCAUUUGGAUUAUAUGAUAUGUUAUUACCAUAUAAUCGUAAUAUUGUAGCAUAAGAAAAAUCUAAUGGUACAGAUAUUUUAUUUUGUACUCCUUUGAAUUCAAUAUUGAUAGGAAAUCAAAAAAAAGGAACUGUCAAUUUUUUAGAUAUCAGAAAAAAUUAAAUCUAUAAAACAUUAGAGGUAAGUAGUUAAUUAUAUUUUUAAGUUACCUUUUAAAGAAAUCAAAUUUAUGAAAUUAAAUUAGUAUCAAACAUCAUUAAUUUGUGCAUGUAAUGAUGGACAAAUAAAAAUCAUCAAUUUAGAAACAUUAUCAACAAUUGUUGAUUAUAAACUAUUUAGAUAAGGUAUUAAAACAUUCAUAUUAUUUUAGAUAAAAAGCAGUUAAUUAUGGCUUUGACUUAAUCUGAAAAUACUACAUAUGCAGCUUCAUCAGAUGGUGUUAUAUCAUUAGUAUAUUUGAAUGCAUGA